AUGUUUUUCUCGCUGUGUCAGUCGGAAGAAGGGUCUAACAGGGCAGAAGACUAUUGUACAGGUAACAGACUAAGAGUUUUGUUUUAAAUUGAGAAUAGACGCGUGACCUAUAAAGACGCUGUCACACCUUUGCUACAAGUCUUACAUUUGAUCAGGAAGUGUUCCUACACAGACGACCACAAAGUAUCAAUAUGACAGAGAACCAAAGACAGAAUGACGCCACCAUAGGAAGCUCGUCGGAUGGUGCAGAGGAGUACCAGAUGAACAACAAACGAAGAGGUCUUGCACUCAUUUUUAACCAGGAAGAGUUCUACUGGCGCCUGGAACUGCCAGAGAGGCGUGGAACCAAUAUUGAUCGUGACAACUUGGAGAAAAGACUGAAGGAUCUAAACUUUGAAGUAAAGUGUUACAAUAACCUCAAGCUGGAGGCAGUCCUAGAAAAAAUCGCCAAAGCUGCGGAGGAAGAUCACUCAGAUGCUGAUUGCUUUUUGCUCGCCUUCCUGAGUCAUGGAGAAGAUAACCACGUUUAUUGCUACGAUGGAAAAAUCAGUAUCCAGGAGAUCGCGUCCAUGUUCAAAGGGGACAAGUGCCCGGACCUUGUUGGAAAGCCAAAGAUCUUCAUGAUACAGGCAUGUCGUGGAAAAGAGUUUGAUGUGUCAGUUGCAGUGACUGAAGCUUCUACGAUGGAGUCUGAAGAAAAGGUGUUCAUGGAUGCCAGCACCAUACAGACCCUCCCUGCUGGGGCUGAUUUCAUCAUGUGCUAUUCUGUGGCUCAGGGCUACUACUCCUUCCGGGAGAGGGACAACGGUUCGUGGUAUAUCCAGGAUCUCUGUCAGCUGCUUCAAAAGUAUGGUGAUAGCCUUGAGUUCACAGAGUUACUCACGCGGGUCAACAGAAAAGUGUCACUGAGGAAUAUUCCAAUGCCAUGUCCCCCAAGAUUUAUCGGGAAGAAGCAAAUGCCUUGUUUUGCUUCAAUGCUCACCAAGAAACUUUACUUCCGACCAAAAAAGUAACAAUGACACACCUCAGUCUCAAAAUGAUCUGGUUUAUAUUUGUUUUUCAACUAUUUUGUUCUGUGUCCCUAUUCCUUUUAAGCUUUAGUGCUUGAAUUGCUUUAAAAUUGCAUGCUGAUUAUGAACCACAGUCUUUGUAAAACUACUGUACUGAAAUGACUCUAGAAGCAACAGAAUGAUGCUUUAAUGCACAGAAAUGCAUUCAUUUUGCCUUAUUUUAUAUCAAGUUCAGAACAGUUUACAGUGGAACCUUCCACCGAAAAGUCAGGGAGUCUUGGCUGUUGAGUCAGUUUCGACUUUGUCUUUGAGACAGUUAUUUUUCAGGCGAGAGGCAGGUGACGAGACAGCUUAGCAAUCAGGAAACAAGAUAAUGUAACGAUGAAACUAAUGUACACAUUAGUUUCAUCGUUACAUAUCUCGCUGUAAGCUUCAGGGAUCCGGUAACAUUAACAAACUGUCUAAACAUUACAUAAUCAUAGUGUUUCCUCAAGCUUACUACUUAAAAAAAGGGAAUUUCUGUUCUGUCAAUGGUUUUUGGUACAUUCAUUAAUGUGUAGUUGCAUUUACACACUGACAGUGUAUUUUUUUGCAUUACUUUAAUGAUUUUAUGGAUUUUACUUACUGCUUUGCCCUCAAUAAAAUUUCUAACUUUA